UGUUUGGCCGGUAAACUUUCAGCAUUCUUUCUCUGGUUGGUUGUUCGCAUGAGAUCGAUCAAGUUUUGUGAUUAAUGAAGGCUUUUUCCCUCACUUUUUGGCGAUAGCCCAUGGAAUUCGGGUGGGAAAUUGCGGUGGGUUCCAUGAUUGGGUUCUUUGGAGCAGCGUUUGGUAGUGUCGGGGGAGUUGGUGGGGGUGGAAUUUUCGUGCCCAUGCUCGCUCUCAUCGUUGGUUUUGAUCCCAAGUCUACUACAGCAAUCUCAAAGUGCAUGAUUAUGGGUGCAGCUGGUUCUACUGUUUACUACAACCUUAAGUUGAGGCAUCCGUCUUUACAUAUGCCCGUCAUUGACUAUGAUCUAGCUUUUCUCAUUCAACCCAUGCUUAUGCUAGGGAUCAACAUCGGCGUCAUUUUUAAUGUUGUCUUUCCUGAUUGGAUGGUCACCGUCCUCCUAAUUGUCCUAUUUAUCGGGACCUCGACCAAGGCUUUCAUGAAAGGUGUUGACACAUGGAAACUGGAGACAAUUCUUAAAAGGGAGGCUGCUAAACGCUUGGUACCUAGUGGGGUAAGGAUACAUAAAUGUUGAUACAAUGUUCUUUGGUUUUGAAGGCAGGUUGCUCAAUAUGAAAAUCAUCUUUGUUGAAGAACGGGAAGACAUCAAAUAUGAACCUCUUCCUAUGACUCCUACUAACACUGAACAAAAAGGUGCAGCA